AGUUGCAGUCAUGGCCGAGUGUGGACACAGAGAACAGAGCGCCAUGAAGGAGGGCUAACUGGUGGACUGGGCUAACUCUAACGGAGGAACGCGUCUGCAGAGACGGGUCCAACAUGGCCGAACCGCUGCUGAAGAGAACCUUCUCCAGGCUGAGAGGAAAAGACCAAACCAGGAGGAAGACCGACCCCAAACUCAGCGAUGUUGCAGUAAAGUCUGACGCUGUCCUCCAGACUCCAUCAUCACCAGCGAUGCAGACAACUCGCCCCCCCGCUGGGGACGCCGCUGACCCCCCCUCGCCUCCACAGAACCAGAUCACGGUUGCUAAGAAACAGUCGUGGGCGCGGCAGUCAAGCUCCGCCCCCAGAAACUUUGACUGGGACCGACCAUCGGGGAUAUCCCAGGAUGCAACUGGGCAGGCCUGGAGUCAGAGGCUAGCACAGGAGAAGACCGAGCAGUGUAGAGACCGGACGUGCAUUAGUCCGGCCCGGGACACGACCAGCAGUACCUGUUUUCCUGUCAGUUCGACUCCUGUCCCACAGGAAGCCCCCCAGUUGGCAGGUGGCUCCCCCGUUAGCAACAAGUUUUCUGGCCAGCGUAUGUAUCUCCAGAGCCUGGACCGCAGUAGCCGAGCCUGGGUGCUGUCUUCAGGAAAGACCCAGGCUUCAGACGAGGCCCGUGGGCUGCAGCUGGAGAGCAGCAGCAAUAUCUGGUACAACCCGAUCCCCGAGGAGGAGGACGCCGCUGGGCCGCGCGGCGAGGACAUCUGGAGGAGGAGGGAGGAGACGGGGGAGAGAGGGGUGGCCAGGAGCACCGGGCCAGAGAGUCGUAGCAGUGACGGUCCACUAGAGGGCGCCAACCCCAGUGUUAGCCACCAGACUGAUGACAUCACAACAGAAAACACAGACCCCUCCCCCUCAGACUCUAGCCUCUCCUCCCAGAAGAAAGGGGGCGUGUCCAGCAGUGUGAUUGACAGGCUGAGGUCUCCUGGUACGGUUAGGAAACUCUCCAUGAAGAUGAAGAAACUUCCUGAGCUGCGACGCAAACUCAGCCUUCGCUCCUCCUCUCGAGCCAACCGGCAGGAAAACGACAGCCGGGUGGGCGCCGACGAGCCAGCUGGUAAAAACGCAUCAUCGUCAUCGGCCAAUCAGAAUGUAAUCAGCAGAUAUCACCUGGACAGCUCCGCCCCUCCAGCCAGACCGCUGCGGCGAUCAUCCAGAGGACGCUCAGCCAAAGGAGGUUAUCUGAGCGAUGGGGACUCCCCCGAGCUGCUGCCACGGCAACAGUCCCCUCCCAUCACCACCUCCCAGGUAAAGGCGUGCGACGUGAGCUCGUUCCGCCUGUACGUGGGCUCCGACCCCCCGAGAUGCAGCCAGCGGGUGACGGGGUUGCUGACGGUGCAUCUGCUUCGCCUGGAUCAGAUCAAGACCAGCAGGUCCGAGGACAGUAAAGAUGUUUUCCUCGCCAUCCAGAUCGACGGCGUGACGAGGGCAAGGACGUCGCUGCUGACGCUGAGAGGCUCCUCCCACCCGCUGGACCACGCCUUCCACCUGCAGCUAGAGCGAGCCCGCCAGCUACGCAUCGUGGUGCUAACCCCAGGUAAUCCUGCCAAUCCAGCGGCAGCAGUGGGCGGGUCUAAAUCGGGGACGGAUCAGACUUCAACGGGGCCAAUCAGAAACAGAGUCUGCGGCCUCGGUGGCGUCUCCAUACCUCCACUCUUUAAAGGGAGUCGCAGUCAGCAGCUCUGUGUCAAGCUGGAGCCCAGAGGACUUCUUUACGUCAAACUGUCUCUGCAGGAAAAAUGGGACACACAGCCCAGCAGUGACUGCUCCAGUCCUGCCAACGUGUUCGGGGUGGAGCUGCACCACCUGGUGGAGAAGGAAGGCUCUGCGUCCCCCGUCCCGCUGCUGAUCCAGAAAUGUGUGGCAGAGAUAGAGCGACGGGGACUCAAGGUGGUGGGUCUGUACAGACUGUGUGGUUCUGCGGCGGUGAAGAAGGAGCUCCAUGAUUGGUUUGAGAGGAACAGUUCAGCUGUGUGUCUCAGCGAGGAUCUGUACCCGGACAUUAACGUCAUCACAGGGAUCCUGAAGGACUACCUGCGGGAGCUGCCCUCUCCUCUCAUCACCAGGACUCUGUACCAGGUGGUCAGGGAUGCCAUGAUGCUGAGACCGCCCCCUGUCCCACCUGGGACCCCUGGUCCUGGAACCCCUGAUCCUGAUCCCCAGCUAGCCCAGAGCACCGUGGAGCUGCUGUCCUGUCUGCCGCCUCCAGAGAGGGCCACGCUGUCUCUGUUGCUGGACCACCUCAGCCUGGUGGCGUCCCACAGCCCGUCCAACAGGAUGAACCACCAGAACCUGGCGGUGUGCUUCGGCCCGGUGCUGCUCACGCCCACCCAGGACGCCUGGAGGGGGGGAGGGGGAGGGGGAGGGAGGGGAGGAAGAGGAGGAGGGAAGGGUCCUGGGGAAGAGAUGGCAAGUGCAGUAGAUUUCAAACGACACAUCGAGGCGCUUCACUACCUUCUGCAGCUGUGGCCUGUGCCGACCCAUCGCGUCCCAGAAGAUGACCACAUCGACGUCUCACUGCCUCCCUCCCCGGCCGUUACCCAUAACCCCCUGAGCCCGCAGCAGCAGCAGAGGCAUCCUGCCCUGCGAUUGGCUCUGCCCCAGAACCCCGAGGAGGAGGUGGUGGUGUCCCGUCGGGGUCGAGGCGGCCUGGCCCGACUAGAGAGUCCGCCACCAAUCAACCGGUACGCGGGAGACUGGAGCGUCUGUGGUCGAGAUCUUCUGUCCAGACAGGAUGCCGAUUAUGAUGAGGUGGCAGGAAGUGACAGUGACGGAGGCAGUGACGAUGAAGAGGAGCAGGAGAAGAAGGAGGCGUGGUCAUCAGAAGGAGGAGGAGCUCUGUAUGUGGACGAGUUCUUGGAUUUUGACGCGCCGUUUAACUGUCGACUCAGUCUGAAAGACUUCGACACUCUGAUCCACGAUCUGGACCGAGAGCUGGCCAAGCAGAUCAACAUCUGUCUGUAGAGGAGGAGGGCCCACGAGAAAACAUUUAGGCUGCAUCUACACCGCUACGUUCUGGCUUUUAAACAGAGUUUAAAAACCAAAAUGGUUCAGAAGUGUUUCCAAAUGUCUCCGGUUUAGGGGCUCGGAAACACCAGAGCAGGGGGAACGCCAGAGCAGGG